UUUGCACAUCCAUCUCAGCCUUGACGUUGAGAAAGUUUGAACAACGAUAAGGAGCAGUUCUCGGGAUGGACAGUGAUUAUAUCUGCUUACAAAGAAACAGGAUGAUAGUUACUGCCUCCUGUAAAAUUUGCUUGAGGGUGUAGUCAGCAGCUAUUUAAAACCUAGUAUGCACCCUCCCUUACAAGAUUGUAAGCUCUCAAGGCACGCCAAGACACACAAUGCACUUGCAGCCACGGUGCAUCAUAUUGGCAACCAAAUUGCAGGAAUGUUAAUCGGAAAGUGACCAUAAAAAUGGGCUGUCCCUGCGAGGACAGGCAAAUUUCAGAUUCUCUUUCUCUUUCCAUUUGGUCUUACCCUUUUAAACUUUUGUGUUUUGUUUCCAGCUGUGCUAGUUGCUCAUUUUACAUCUGUGUGCCACUGAAUCUUAACUCUUUACUUCUAAGCACUUUAAGCAUGGCAGUCUUUGCUGUAGGAAUGGGAUCCGUUGGUCGGUGCUGGUUUAAAAGCAUUCCAUCAACCUAACAGGUUCAUCAAGGUCAGCAGUAUGACUGAUGGGGACUAUGACUAUCUGAUCAAACUCCUGGCCCUCGGGGAUUCUGGGGUUGGGAAGACCACCUUCCUGUACAGGUACACAGAUAACAAGUUCAACCCAAAGUUCAUCACAACAGUAGGAAUUGACUUCCGGGAAAAGCGGGUGGUAUACAAUAGCCAAGGGUCAAAUGGCUCUCCUGGGAAAGCCUUUAAAGUCCAUCUGCAGCUCUGGGACACAGCUGGGCAAGAAAGAUUUAGAAGUCUCACAACAGCAUUUUUCAGAGAUGCCAUGGGCUUCUUGUUAAUGUUUGAUCUCACCAGUCAACAGAGCUUCUUAAAUGUCAGAAAUUGGAUGAGUCAACUACAAGCAAAUGCAUAUUGUGAGAGCCCAGACAUUGUAUUAAUUGGAAAUAAAGCUGACCUGUCAGAUCAGAGGGAGGUCAAUGAAAGACAAGCAAAAGAUCUAGCGGACAAGUAUGGCAUCCCAUACUUUGAAACAAGCGCAGCUACCGGCCAAAAUGUGGACAAGGCAGUGGAAACGCUCUUGGACUUGAUAAUGAAACGUAUGGAACAGUGUGUGGACAAGACUCAAGUCUCGGACACGGCCAAUGGAGGAAAUUCAGGGAAGCUGGCAUCAGCAAAAUCAGAAGAAAAGAAAUGUGCGUGUUGAUUUAGUCCUGCAUCCGGAGGAGAACAAACAAGAAAUUCUCCUAUCAGAAAAUGGCAGACCAACCAAUUACUAAAUUCAACCCUGGAAGCUCCUGUGGUCCAUGUGGGGCAGCUGUUGUUGUCUUAAGCAAGGCUGAUUAUUUCCAAUGCUGAGAGAGUCAUGCUUCCGUGUUUGCACAGAUGCUCUCUUUACAAUGGCAUCUUCAUAGAAAACCCAAAGGCCCUCGUCUUCUCAAUACAAUUAGGCUAGUAAAUAGAGGAAAGACUUGCUUGGGAGAGGAUUGUUGAAAUGUCAGGAGAUAACUUUAUGGUAAGACAAGGGGUGACCCUUGUAGGCCCAUGCAAUCCCUUCUAGUCCUGUUGCCUUCUAUUACAGUGUACAUUAUGCAUUUGCUAAAUACAAUUUAUAAAAAGCAAAUGAAUAUUUAGUGUAGCUUAUUAUAAAUGUCUUUGUAUUUUUUUAAAAUGCCAAGCAGUCAUUGCUGUUACAUUCAGCUGACUGAUGUCCUGAGGGGCUCAGAAUAUUGGAUCCUCUUCCAGAAUAAAAUUGGGGAACUAUGUAACAUUGGACUUGAUCGUCAAGUGGAAUUGGAAGGAUGUGGGGGAGAGGAGGAAGAUGUUUAGGAAUUCUAGUAAAAUGCUGAAAAAGAAUGUAUGCAUCCUGCAGUGAACCUUUUUCUCUAAACGAAAAGAUACUGUCUGCCCCUCAGAUACUCAAGCCAGCAUGUAGGCAUUGUCUCCCAAGAAUAUGUGCAGGGGAAUUACGAACGCUUUGCCUGGUGACUUUUGAACUGUAAUGCUUUAAAGGAGUCUCUUUUGAUGUAGGGGAAAGAAAAAAGAAAACACAUCUGUUCAGGUCCAUAUGAAUGCAGUUAACUUUUCUAAUUAGUUAUCUCAUUGUGUUGAUUUUUAUUUUUAGUUUACAAGUGGCUCAAUUAAUAAAUGUGAAAGUGUUGAUUUGGAGGAUGGAGCACCACAAAACCAAAACCUUGGUAAAAUGCAUAAUACAUGCUUGGCACUUUGAAGUAUUUAAAAUUGGCAAGGUAGGCUUAAGAACAGAGAGGUGGUCAUAUAAAGGGUGAUUCAGUUACUGUAGCUGUACUAUCAACUGUUAAGGGCAAAUGUGGUAGGACUGUGAUGUAUUAAAAUGUGUCUUCUGAAAUUAAAAAAAAAUCUGCCAUGUUCCUUCUGUUACCCAUAAUUUCAAUAUGGUGCCACAGUAAAGUAUUUGUUGGUAAAGUCAUAGAGCAAUAUGGCUGCUCCAAGUAUGGCCCUGAGGCCAGCAAGAUCCCAUGGGAGAAGCUGGACAAAAAACCUUGAGCACCAUGUAGUCUUUGCAUUAUCCUUCAUCUUGACUAGGUUGGCCCAAGAUUUUGUUCUGGAUUAAUACAGGUGUGAUCUCGUGUAGAUCAAGGGCAAGAUUAUGUCUGGGCAGCCCUGUUAAUGUAGAAUUCUGGACGUGUUAAACAUGGAGGGUUGGAAGUGGCAUUUAAGAAUAAUUGACAUGAGCAGCUUGACUUGUUUGUCUAAAAUCAUCUGGGCAGUGGAUUCUGAGAUGCUCUCUCUGAAAUCUGCCCCCUCCAUCCCUUACUCAUUUAGGGGGCUCAAAUGAUGCACUCGUGAUAGAGGGCCCCAAAAUCCUGAAGCCAGUUCAUGAACAUAAUAUGAUUGUCUGUGUGGAAAGUUGCACUGAAAAGCUUCUCAAGGAGGUAGGAAGUGUGUUCUUGGGAAAUUGCAGCUGCUGGGAUGCUGCAAAUGGGAGAUUGUGCCUGACUGCGGCAUGCAAUUGACCUGGCAAACCAUCUGGCAGGAUGUCUUCCAGGGGGACAAAUAUGGUAUAACUGAACUGGUAGAGCAGUUCAUAGAAUUUUGUUGUUUUUUUGAAAUUGUACAUUAAAGCAAAGGUGGGACAACAUACCACGUGCCUAGUGCGUGGGCUCUUAACAGCAGCCUGCUCCCUUUUUGCCUUGGGCCAAUAGCCCUCCUUUCCAAGAGCUAUUAGCAAGGCUUCUCUAGUAUCUCUGUAUCUGUUAGGAAGUCCAACAUUCUAUCUUCUUGCUGUAUUUAAUAUUAAACUCCCUGUAAAAUUUGGAGAUGUUUUAUUCAAAACGAGCCCCCUGUAUUUUUAAAACCUCCAUAUCAAGAGGAAUUUUGGCAAGUGUGGCUUCUUUACGGGGACGAGAAUCCAGGAUUCCUACACAUCUCUUACAAUGGGGAUAGGGAACCUGAACUACAACACGCAUCAGUCCCAGCCAGCAUGACCCAUGGUCUGGAAUGGUGGGAGCUGCAGUCCAACAACAUCUGGGCCAUGGGUUCCCCAUCCCUGUUUUAAAAGACGUGGAGAGAAAGGAUUUUUUGGCAGGUGGAGCUUACAAUUGAAGCUGCACCAGUUGGAAAUGUCUUCUUCUCCAACACUCUUCAAAUGGUACAGGAACCCUGUAUUCUAUUGGAUUCCAAGAUUCCUUACACACUCCAGUUCUACUGAUAGAGGAAAACCCAUACCUGUAUAAGUUUCUGAAACAGACAGAGACUGAACCAUAUUCCAAGAGGUGCUUUUUUAAAAGUCAUGAUAAAUGGUUUUUUUUUUAAAAAGAAAAAAGAUCCAUGACUAGUUCCUCUCCCCAAAGGUAGGAUCUUUGUUGCCAAUGUUUGCUGCUUCAGUAGUACUGAACCAGUCCAUGUUAUCCCAAGGAAUUCUAGCUUUCCACCUGAAGAACAGGAGCAAAGUGCUUGUUUGGAUUCAGAAUGGUUUGCCUCAAUGUCUUGCUUCAAUUGGGUGUGUGGGGGGAGAAUAGGAAGCUUGGUGUGAUCCUGCACUAUGAAGGUUGAUGCAAGGUAUAUUUAGCCUCCUUUUCCUGCCAUGCUGUGAUGAUUUCACACCCAAAACAUACGACUAUUGUUAUUCUUCUUUUGGCUUUUCUGCUGAAAAGAGUAGAUUUGCAAAAUGCAGUUUUGACCUUGGCAAUAUUCCCAGUUGUGAAUACUUUCCCCCAAAAUGCAUCAAUGGCUAGUCCAUUGAGUCAUCCACUAGAGAACUGGAGCACCCAGUUGUGUAGUUUAUGUAAUUGAGGGAUCCCAUGAUACUUGUUUAGGGUUGCAUUUGAUUGGUUCUUGGAAGUUUUUUCUAGCAUCUAGGUUGACUGGUUCUGACACUAUAAAUCCAGUGCUGGAGGGACAGGCACACUGAUAUUCCAGAAAUAUGCAUGUGUGUUGGCCUGGCAUGCAUAUUUGAUUACUCUGUCCACCCCCAUUCAAAAGUAGCAAGGACUUAGAGGCCUAACCAUACUUGAGUAUCAUGUAGAUGCUCUCUUCCUGCUGCCCCAUGCUGGGCUGCCUACUAGAACAACAUCUGCCCUUGGCCCCUCACUGUCAGCAGCAUCACAGACAGAGUAGUAGUGAUAGGACAGCAGCAUCACAGCAGGAGUUGUAGUGGUAGGACCCGUGCAGGGAACCAAGGACCAACAACUAUCUCAGUCUACUUGUCUGGCCCAGCACAAUGCCAAUGUGGGUGGAUGUUCUAUGGACACAUGCUCAUUUGCCCAUACUACAUUCUCACUGUUGUGCACACAUAUUUCCUGACAUUGAACAAGAUGUAGCAGCUGGCACUGUUGUCUUUCCUUGUGCACACUAGGCCCCUGCAUGCAUAGGAUCAAGAUGUUUGAGAAGAAUACCCCCCUCUGUUCCUAAGUGAUGUGUGUUUCUUAACUCUUAGAAAUUAGAACAAGGCUGAACAUCUGCAGAUAUUGGCCACACAGCAUGGCCUCAUUCCAGCUCUGUGCUAAUCCACUACAACAGGGAUGGGGAACUUGUGGCCCUCCAGAUGCCCUUGCUCUCCCAUCAGCCCUAGCCUGCAUAUGGCCAGGGAUAAUGGGAGCUGCAGUCCUGCAGUACCUGGAGGUCCAAGGUUCCCCAUCUCUGCUGAAUCCAAAUAGAAGUCUGUUGUGAUUGGUAUCCUAGAGUCUAUAUGAGGUUUUCAGCAGUGUCGCUGCUGAUUUCAUUCCAUGUCACAUCACUCAUCUUUUGUAGUACCUUUCUUGUGAUCCCACCUGCCCCUCACUGUGUCAUCAGAGCUGGAAGUGAGGGGGAGCAGGAAGUGCAAGGAUGAUACCAGGAUCUGCAUAUAGGAAAAGUUAUCUUGCCCUCGCAGUUCUUACAUUGGCUGCUUAACAAAAUGAGCCUACAUACAAUGGAAUACUUUAAAUAGACCAUCUGCAGUUCAUUGAUAAAUAAUUGUCAGGGCAAUAGAAAAGUGGGUAUGAAAAUAAAAAGGCACUUCCAGGCUUCCUUCUGCUCUGUUUGAAAAUUAUGGCUACAACAGUGGAGUCCCUUGAAACGUGCGGUGAAUAUUUGCAGCAAAAUGUAGCUUUGUUUUGUGUGCGUUAGCAUGGGAGACAUCCAUGUUCGCAGUUGACACGUUCCCCAAAGUUGAAAAGUGUCCAAAAGGAACUCCUGAGGCACUUCUGCUUUGCUUUCUUGGAGCACUUUCAAAUAAUUAGCCAAAGCAUGCCCAAAUCACCCCUGCAAGAUGGUUGCACAAGCUUGACGAGUUGUCGAUAAUGGCUGAGGAAAGGUGCUCUGUCUGAGGUUUUCUGGCAUAUCCUUUUGCAUACUGCAGCAACAUGGGAAUGCGCGUCAGUGUGGCUCCAUAUGAAAGAGCCUUUGUCCAGAUAAGUCCUGGAGGAGUAAAAGUGUAUCCACUAAGCAGAUUAGAUGUGAUUGAGGGGUGACAGACAUGAGGGGCACCUAAAAAAGAUAUUAGAUCAAUACAUUCUGGGGGGGAAACCCAGUAUCUUCUUAAAUGUAUGUUUGUGGUCUUGUCUAAAGAGCCAUGUCUCAGAUCUACAAAGACAAUGAUAUGUUCAAACCAAUACUUAUACCUGGUGUGUUAUUGCUGGAUAUUGUUGGGCUACAACUCCCACCAGCCACAGCCAGCAUGAGCAUUGGUUCAGGAUGAUGGGAGUCUCAGCAACGUUUGAACGACAGCAGGUUCCCUGCACCUGUGCUAGAGCUAUCACUUGAAGCCUUAUGUUCCUAGAAGCAAAUUGUGGUCUGGUGUUAAACUGAGCAAAAACUGAAAAAAACAGCUUUGUUCUUCAUAACUUCUGAGCAACAUUAAGAAUGGUGUAGGUCAGAUAUGGAACCUUUUAGAGUUUUUUUUCCCCCAGGCGCAAGAGUCUUAAAUGGUUCUAGCUGCCUCCUCUUAGAUGUUUUCCUUUCUCUCUUAAUUGUGUUUUAUGAUGGGAAAUGUCUGCCUGUCCUGGAGGGCAAGCCAAGUAAAACAUAGUCUGAAUCGAGCUGUGUGUACUGCUGUUACAGAAGUGAGGUUAGAAAAGCCAAGGUUUCACAGGGAGGAAGAGGCAACUGCCCUGGUAUUUUAGUGGAGUUAGCAUUGCACCAGCAAGUAACAUAUGAUAACUCUGUGUAUGCUCUGCAAGAAACACACUUCAAUUUAACUAUGCUGUACUGUGAUCUGCCUUCCCCAUCUCACACCAUCUGUAUAGGAUAAGGCCUAGAUUAGGGUGCAGGUGAGGUGGGGGGUAUAGGGAGUCCUGAGAAGUACGUACAUUUACAUUUUUAAAAAACCCAGACAAACCCAUUUCUCUCUCUACUUGUUCAGAUGGUAUCACUGAUGUUCUACACUUAAAUUACAUACCACCUAUUUAAAUUUAUUCUUUAUUUAACAUUUCUUUCCUAUAAUUACCUGUUCUCCCUGUACAAUAAGGUUUCAGUGUACAUAACUAUAUAAUUCAAGGUACUUUGGUGUAUCUUGCCUGAAUAUAUUUAUUGAAAUGAUCCUCUUCAGAUUUUGUAUCCUUUUGCUUUUCUGACUUAACUCUAGCAACCUUCUAAUUGAUCAACUGCUUUUUUUUUUUAAGAGUUUCCUCUGGCAAAUUAUCCAGAGCAUGUUUUAUGUUGGUCUAUGCGGCAGGUCUGUAUAUGUUAUAGAUUUAUACUCUUGGAACGUGGAAGUUUUGUAUUAUAUGUCUCUUGAUAGACUGUAAUGCCAGCAUCACCAUGUCAGUCAUUACUUUGUUGUACCAGGAUAACUGUGGCUUUAAAACAAAAUAGAUAGCUAUAUAUAUAUAUAUAUAUUAUAUACACACACUGUCAAAUUUUAUUAACUGGUGUCUGGGUUUGUACAAUAUGGUCAAGGAAUGUAAU